AUGGAUGACUGCAAGAACUACGUCGUGACGGCGCAGAAGCCCACAAGCGUCACACAUUCCUGCGUGGGGAACUUCACGGGCAGCGGAGACACCAACUUGAUCCUGGGGAAGGGCACGCGGGUGGAAAUCCACCUUCUCACGGCGGAAGGAUUGACGCCGCUGCAUGAUGUGGCGAUCUACGGUCGCAUUACGAUCUUGGAGCUGUUCCGACCACCAUCGUCCUCGGUCGAUCUCCUCUUCUUGUGCACGCAGAGAUACCAAUUUUGCGUGUUGGAGUAUAACAAAGCGACGAAAACAGUCGUGACCAAGGCGCAUGGCAACAUCCGCGACAGCGUUGGACGCAUGAGUGAAGUCAUCACGGGCGGCAACAUCGACCCCGAGGGCCGCCUCCUUGGCAUGAACCUCUACGAAGGGUACUUCAAAGUCAUUCCCAUGGACGGCCACGGCAAGCUGUCGGACACGUUCAACAUCCGACUGGACGAACUGCGCGUGAUCGACGUCAAGUUCCUCUACGGGUGUUCCAAGCCCACGAUUUGCGUGCUGUACGAGGACCACCGCGCCGCGCGCCAUGUCAAGACGUAUGUGAUCUUGACCAAGGAGAAAGAGUUCGCCGACGGUCCAUGGAGCCAAAGCCACGUGGAAGCCGGCGCGUCGCUCCUGAUCCCGGUGCCGACGCCCUUUGGCGGGGUGCUCAUUGUGAGCCAGCAAAUGAUCGUAUACCACAACGGCAGCACAUGUCACGCCAUCCCUAUGCAAAGCACAGUCAUUCAAGUGUACGGUCAAGUGGACGGGUCGCGCUUCCUGCUGGCAGAUCAGUUUGGGUUGCUCCAAGUGGUCGUGCUCCAGCACACGGGCAAGGACGUGACUGGCCUCUCCCUCGAUGUAUUGGGCGAAACCUCGAUCGCGUCGACGCUGUCAUACUUGGACAAUGGGGUAUUGUUUGUCGGGAGUGCGUUUGGCGACUCGCAAUUGGUCAAGCUCCACCCGUCGCGCGAUGUGUCGACGGGAACUUACCUGGAAGUGCUCGACAGCUACGUAAACGUGGGGCCGAUUGUGGACUUUGUCGUGAUGGAUUUAGACCGCCAAGGCCAGGGCCAGGUUGUUACAUGCAGCGGCGCGUACAAGGACGGGUCGCUUCGCAUCGUCCGCAACGGCAUCGGCAUCAACGAGCUCGCCGCGGCCGAGCUUCCUGGCAUCAAGGGCAUGUGGCCGCUACGCCCGACGUUUGCGAGCCAACAGGACACGCUGCUUGUGCAGAGCUUUGUGAACGAAGUGCGCGUACUGGGGUUUGCAACUUCAGACAACGACGAGGUCGAGCUAGCCGAGCAGGACGUACCUGGCCUAGCUAACACAAAGACACUGAUCUGCCGCAACGUGGUGGGGGAUCUCUGGCUCCAGGUCACCGAGCACCAAGUUGGGCUAGUGUCUGCUGCGACGCUGCAACGUGUGGCCAGCUGGAGCCCGCCGUCGGCGCAGCGCAUCACCGUGGCCGCCGCCAACCCGACGCAGGUGGUGGUCGCCUUGUCGGGCGGCGUGCUCGUGUACUUUGACAUUUCAAACGUCGUCCUCAGCACCACCCUCGUCGCGACGGCGCAGACGAAACUUCCGCAUGAGAUUGCAUGCCUCGACAUCACGCCGCUGGUCGACUCGAAACCCGCCGCCGCCGACGACGACGCGCACUGGGAGACCCGCGCACGGUCGACGACCCGAUGCGUCGUCGGGUUGUGGUCCGACCUGUCCGUGUCCAUCUACCGCCUGCCGGACCUGCGCCUGGACACGACGGUGCUUUUGGGUGGCGAUGUGCUGCCCCGAUCGCUCCUGUCCAUCCGUUUCGACGACCAGCCGUACGUGUUGGUGGGCAUGGGCGACGUUUGGGCGCCCAGCCCAUCCUAUUGA